AUGUCAGAUCCUCCGGGUACGGGAGCCGCUCAUGCGGCCCAGCAGCAGCAAAACACCGAUCAGUUAUUGCUCCAGAUCCUGAACCAACAACAACAGCUUAUGGCAAAACUCACAUCGCAGAUGUCAGCCACCCAAUUAACCAUACAGGGCCUGUCAAGAGAUGAAAUCACGUUAGAUUCGCUUGCCAGCAACAUCGUCGAGUUUGUCUACGAUCCAGAUCAAGGAUGCACGUUCGACACUUGGUAUUCAAGGUAUGCAGAUCUGUUUGACAAGGAUGCGGGACGCUUGGAUAAUGCUGCGAAAGUCCGACUGCUAAUGAGGAAAUUAAACCCAGCAGCACAUGAGCGUUUCACCAGCUUCAUUUUCCCGAAGAAAUCAAAAGAUUUCACCUUCGAACAAAUCAUCGAGAAGCUUAAAACCAUUUUUGGAUCGCCAGUGUCUAUCUUUCAUCGUCGAUAUCAAUGUCUUCAAAUUACUAAAGACGACGCAGAAGAUUUCGUGUCAUAUUCUUGCAAGGUAAAUCGAGCAUGUGUGGAUUUCAAGAUCAGUGAUCUUUCGGAAGAGCAGUUCAAAUCACUCAUUUUCGUGUGCGGAUUAAAAUCGUCAAGAGAUUCCGAUAUUCGUAUGCGGCUCAUUACUAAAUUGAACGACACUUCUGAAAUUUCGCUGGAGAAGGUAGUUGAAGAGUGCAAGAACCUGGUGAAUCUGAAAAAGGAUAACAGUCUCGUGGAAAAUCCGCGAACGCAAGCGGUCGUACAUGCAGUUAAGCAAAGUAGAUACAAAUCGAAGUCAAACCACAAGCACCUUCGAUCGGCCGCAGGUUCCAGUAUCGAUCGACCAAGAACUCCUUGCUGGUCGUGUGGAGGCAUGCAUUUCUCAAAGGACUGCCAGUACCGCGAGCAUCAGUGCCGUGACUGCAAAAAGAAAGGGCACAAGGAAGGUUAUUGUGCCUGUUUUUCGAAAAAGUGUACUUCAAAUAAAAAGAUAUUUACUGUGAGCAAAGACGUCAAGGGGGUAUCAGUCAAGAACGUCAGCCAAAGGAGGAAGUUUGCUGAGAUCCAAAUCAACAAGGUUCCAGUCCAGUUGCAAAUAGAUUCAGCGUCAGAUAUUACAAUUAUAUCUGACCAGCUUUGGAAACACAUUGGGCAGCCUCCAGGAGUCAGGCCAACAUGCAGUGCUAGAACAGCGUCAGGACAACCACUUGAUCUAGCGCUGGAAUUCUGGUGCGACGCGCAAAUCGGCGACAUUUCUAAAAAAGGUCUGUGUCGUGUUGUAUCAUCUAAUCUUGAUUUGAACAUUUUAGGCGCAGAUUGGAUAGAAUUGUUCGGACUGUGGGACGUUCCUUUUAGUUCAAUUUGUCACAAAGUCACCGGUUCACAAAAGCACAAUGUUGAAGUGUUACAGGCACAGUUCCCAACCGUUUUCAGCAGUAAAAUGGGACUGUGUACUAAGACGAAAGUUCAGCUCACUUUGAAAGGAGAUCCUAAGCCUAUAUUUCGCCCCAAACGACCCGUGGCGUACAGCAUGCAAAGCGCUGUGGAAAAUGAAAUUCAGCGGCUUCAGGAUCUUGGUAUUCUUGUUCCAGUUGACCAUUCAGACUGGGCAGCACCAAUUGUGGUAGUACGGAAGCCAAACGGAGCCGUGCGUAUUUGUGCUGAUUUCUCUACAGGACUAAACAGUAAUUUAGAGUCCAACCAGUACCCGCUACCAUUGCCUGAGGACAUAUUUGCGAAAAUGGCGGGAUGUAAACUGUUUAGUCACAUCGACUUGUCAGAUGCUUACCUUCAAGUAGAGAUUGAUACACGCGACCAGUACCUUCUCACCAUCAACACACAUAAGGGAUUGUUUCGUUACACCCGUCUAACUCCGGGCAUCAAGUCAGCUCCGGGAGUGUUUCAGCAGUUGGUGGACACAAUGGUCAGCGAUCUCAACGGAACAUGUGGUUAUCUAGACGACAUUUUAGUCGGUGGCCGUACACAAGAAGAGCAUGACCACAAUUUACAUCAAACUCUGCGUCGACUCGGAGAGUAUGGUUUCACAGUGAGGAUUGAAAAAUGCAGUUUUCAAAUGUCACAAAUCAAGUACCUCGGACAGAUACUUGAUGGCGAUGGAAUAAAGCCAGAUCCAGACAAAUCAGCAGCCGUAGCAAGCAUGCCACCGCCACAUGAUGUUCCAUCGUUGCGUUCGUAUCUGGGUGCUGUCAAUUACUAUGCAAAGUACAUUCCGGAAAUGCGCAACCUUCGGUUCCCGAUGGAUGAACUACUCAGAACGGGUUCAAAGUGGAUCUGA